CAUCUAAAGCUGCUCAAAGAACCACUACAAUAAGACAUUCACCAACAGAAGAAAAAAAAAAAAAAAAGGUUUCUUGUCCAAAUGUGAUAACCUUUUCAAAGUAGAGACAUCAUGGACCAUUAAAAAGUGAUUUUCAUGCCAUGGAACCCGGCUGGUGACGUCAAAGCUAGAAUUUGCUUCACUCCUGCACACUGUAGAAGACAGGGAUUUAACAGACGAUAUUUACAAAGAGCUUAAUGAAUUGCUGGUGGACUCUUCAAUUAAGAAAACUGCUUUCAUGUCUCAAAAUGAUAACAAUGCAGUAAGAAACCUAUCCGUUGUUGGAAGUGCUGAGCAGCAAAAUAAGGACCCAAUAAAAACAAUGGCUACAGCAGCUGAUGCACUGGGAAGUAUAGCUAUCGAUGCUACACACCUUACUAUGUCAGUCACAGACCCAACAGCGUGGGCAACAGCUAUGAAUAACUUGGGAAUGGUCCCCGUAGGGCUCGCCGGACAGCAAAUUGUUUCAGAUUCAAUUUGCGUUCCAGGCUUUGAUCCAAGCCUGAGCAUGAUGACUGGGAUAUCUCCAAUCAAUCCAAUGAUGGCUGGCAUGGGAUUAAUACCUCCUCCUCCUCUACCUGUCGUCAAAGAAAUCAUUCAUUGCAAAAGCUGCACCCUUUUCCCUCCUAAUCCCAAUUUACCCCCACCUUCAACACGAGAGAGACCCCCAGGCUGUAAGACUGUGUUUGUUGGAGGAUUACCCGAAAAUGCUACAGAAGAGAUUAUUCAGGAGCUGUUUGAGCAAUGUGGGGAUAUUACUGCAAUUCGCAAAAGCAAGAAGAAUUUCUGUCACAUUCGAUUUGCAGAGGAGUUCAUGGUUGAUAAAGCCAUUUACCUCUCCGGUUACCGAAUGAGGUUAGGCUCAAGUACAGAUAAAAAAGACUCUGGCCGUCUGCAUGUUGACUUUGCACAAGCGAGAGAUGACUUUUAUGAAUGGGAAUGCAAACAAAGAAUGCUUGCACGAGAAGAACGCCAUCGGCGCAAACUUGAAGUCGAUAAACUACGACCGGCGUCCCCUCCUGCCAUCAUGCAUUAUUCUGAACAUGAAGCUACAGUUCUGGCUGAAAAGCUCAAAGAUGACAAUAAAUUUUCUGAGGCCAUCUCUGUUCUUCUAACCUGGAUUGAGCGAGGAGAAGUCAAUCGAAGAUCCGCCAAUCAAUUCUAUUCCAUGGUACAGUCUGCGAACAGUCACGUUCGACGCCUUAUGAAUGAGAAGGGUUCUCAUGAAGAACAAAUGGAGCAAGCCAAAGAAAACUUCAAAACAGCACUCCUGGGGAUUCUUACUCAAUUUGAGCAGAUUGUGGCCGUUUUCAACGCUUCCUCCAGACAAAAAGCAUGGGACCAUUUCUCGAAAGCUCAGCGCAAGAAUAUUGACAUUUGGCGAAAGCAUUGUGAGGAACUGCGAAAUGCACACAGUGAACAGCUCAUGGGGAUCCGUCGAGAAGAGGAAAUGGAAAUGUCUGAUGAUGACAGCAGCGACAUCCCAAAUAAAAAAGUCAGAGUCGACGAAUCAGCUUUAGCAGCUCAGGCUUAUGCACUAAAAGAAGAAAAUGACAGUCUACGGUGGCAGCUGGAUGCAUACAGGAACGAGGUGGAGCUUCUAAAACAAGAGAAGGGACAUCAUGGUCGGACGGAGGAAAGCCUAACAAAAGACCAGCAACUGCAGUUUUUACAACAAGCAAUGCAAAAUAUGCAACAGCAACUAGUAGCUAUGCAGGAAGAGUUAAACAAUAAAAAGAGUGAACUCGAAAAAGCCAAGGAGGAGCAGACUCAUGCUCAAGCGCUUGUCAACGUUCUCAAGGAACAACUUAAAGAAGCCAAAGAGGUGACAGAGUCCAGCAAUGGUGAAUAUCUCUCCAAAGACUCAAAUGGUACAGCUAAUGUUGCAGUGUUCAACCACGAUAAAGAAAAGGAUGCUGAGAAACAAAGGCAGUCAUUUAAAUCAGAGAAAGAAGCAUUGCUUAUAGGUAUUAUAUCAACAUUUCUAAAUGUUCAUCCGUUUGGAGCCAAUAUAGAAUAUUUAUGGUCCUAUCUUCAACAACUGGAUUCACGGAUAUCAGCAAAUGAAAUUGAAACAUUGCUUGUGAAGUUGCCCCGCAUGUUCAAGCAAGAAUUCACUGGUGUGGGAGCAACACUGGAGAAGAGAUGGAAGUUUUGUGCCUUUGAAGGAAUUAAGACUACCUGAUUGCAAAUGAUGGACAAAAGACUUUUAGCCAAAGUGCUGUAGCAUGGCAGGAUUAUGAAGUAUUACAUAAUGGACAUUUUGCAAUGCCGAAAAAAUUCUAACUCUAGCUACAUCCGUGACGUGCCCUUGUGCGUGAUGAUGUCAUUGUGCGCCACAUCUUAAAUUUUUCCUCUUUUCUUCCAAAAUUGUGAUAAGACGCGCGCUAGUCUUUACUGUAAAGGUAAAUUAAACAAACAUUUUGUUUGAACUAGAUAGCUUCUAAACUGUGUUAUUAUCCAUUGACAAAACAAAAACAAUCUUUAUACAGGCAGGAGAUGCUGAAGAUUGACCAGUUACUAGUACUUCUUAGACAUAGCCCAAAGAUAGCAUUGUGUCAAGUUUUUGAAAAUAUGACUAAUUUUGAAAUGGAACAGCAGUGAUAUGGGGGGGACGUAAUAUCACUGUGAUGUCAGUAAGCAACGAUUGGACUAUAUAUAUGUAUUUAUGAGUUAGUAAAGAAGAAAAAAGAUACUUGAAUAAUAAUAUGAGAUAUAUAUUAAUUCUUGUCAUAUUUCUUUGUGUCAGAUUUUGUUUGUCCAAAGAUCAGACUGCAGAGAGCCUGUCAAGUGGACAUUUUUUUCGUAGUGUAUAAGAAAUUGAAAUAUUUAAUAUCUGACUUUGAUGCUUAGAAGUCUAACAGAUUUUAUUCUAAUAGUCACAUGUUUCCCAGAAUGUGGCUGUACUGUUACUGUUAGACAUAUAAAUAAAAGAACACAACUUGAACAUGCUUCGUACCAGUAAAGGUGUUUGUUUUUAAACUUGCGUAAAACAACAGAUUUUUUUGUUGUCUUAGUUGGAGAUAUUAAGCAAUGUGAAUCUGCUCCUUAAAAGUCUAAACUAUUAUUUUUUUAAAGUAUAAACCUCUAUCCAGAGAUCCAGAAUAUCUCCGUCAACCUGUAAAUGUACUUUCCUGAUGUAAAUACUGAAGACAUAAUUGUUGUUUUACUGUAUUGGUAUGUAAUAUAUACAUCAUAAUAAAUAUUCU